GUCAGCCUCUCCUGGUCUGUCUGGGGCUGUGAUACACCUCAGGGUACGGCAGGCAGAGAUGCGCUAUUGGCUCUCAGCGAUGCAGUGUCAUCUGCAGGCUCUAUAUAUCACAGGGAAAGCAGGGACCACUCAGCCUCAGAACAAAGCUGUCUCAGUGUAUGGCUCAGAGAUACUUUGAGAAUGGAAAGAAAAGGGAAAAGCAGCCUUUGCUUUUCUGAUUCUGACAAGCUCUGAGAACUCUGGGGAAACAGAGACCUGGCAGAGGGACGACUCUGUGGAAAACCAGUACAGCAGAUUGCCAAGGAGAAGUUGUGGGAGAGAAGCAGAACAGAGCCCAGAAGGAAACAUUCACUGGGGUUUCUUCCCAGGUGCAGAGAGAAAGUGUUUGAGGAUCUCUGAAUCAGCUUCUGUACGCAGGACACGUGGGAUGGGAAAAGGACAGCAGCUGGAGGGUCCCUGGAGCAAGGCUCAGAUGUAAUCAGCACAGGAAGAAGGACCCAUUUUUCAACUCUCUUACAUCCUUUGCAACCACAGGGCAGAUUUUUAAAAGCAGGCGUGCGUGUUCCUUCCUCCAGCCUCUGACUUCAGCACCUGAGCUGCCGGGGAGGAGGGCAGAGAGGAGUGUGCAGGCAGCACCGAGCUCAGCUUCCCCAGCCAUGAGGCACACGUGGUUCCCUUUGCAGUACAUCUCCAAGCCCUUCUGGAGAGCAGAGAAUCACAACGCCACCAACUUCUUCUCUGCUUUGUACGGCUUCCCCAACCAGUCCUUCUUCCACAGUGAUUUGGACCUGGAGGACCUGGGGGACUUUGACAGUGGGACCAAGUACGAGGGCGAGUCGCAGAGCCGGACGGUGAAGGCGCUGCUGAUCGUCGCCUACUCCGUGAUCAUCUGCAUCUCGCUCUUCGGCAACAUCCUGGUGUGCCACGUGGUGAUCAAGAACAAAAGGAUGCACUCUGCCACCAGCCUCUUCAUCGUCAACCUGGCCGUGGCCGACGUGAUGAUCACCAUCCUGAACACCCCCUUCACGCUGGUGCGGUUUGUAAGCAGCACCUGGGUUUUUGGGAAGCUGAUGUGUCACAUAAGCCGCUUUGUGCAGUACUGCUCUGUUCACGUCUCCGUGCUGACCCUCGCUGCCAUCGCUCUGGACCGGCAUCAGGUGAUCAUGCACCCCCUCAAGCCACGCAUGUCCAUGGUGAAAGGAGGGAUCUGCAUCAUUAUCAUCUGGGUUAUGGCCAGCUGCUUCUCACUGCCUCAUGCCAUUUAUCAGACCUUGACAAGAUUUUAUAUUGGAAACAGGACGAUACGCAUGGUCUGCCUCCCCAGCUUCCCCCCUCCCGCUGAUCUGUUCUGGAAGUAUUUGGACUUGACUACUUUCGUUCUCUUGUAUGUCCUGCCUUUGCUUGUCAUCUCCAUCACGUAUACCACGGUGGCCAAGAAGCUCUGGCUGAGAAAUGCCAUCGGGGACCUCACCAUGGAGCAGUACUACGCCCACCAACGGAAGAAGAAGAUGACGCUGAAGAUGCUGAUGGUGGUGGUGAUUGUGUUUGCAGUAUGCUGGUUCCCCCUAAACUGCUACGUGGUGUUGAUCUCCUGCAGGGCCAUCCACAGCAGCAAUGCUCUGUACUUUGCUUUUCACUGGUUUGCCAUGAGCAGCACUUGCUACAACCCCUUCAUUUACUGUUGGCUGAAUGAGAACUUCAGAUCCGAGCUGAAGUCCCUGCUGUGUGUGUGCCGGCGGAGGAGCGCAGCCCAGGGCCACCCUCUGCGGUCCAUCUCCCCACCUUUCAGGCAUGCCUGGGUUGAGAACUGCCACUACAAACGAGGCAGUGCCUGCCAGAAGGCAAGGGCAUCCUCCCAGAGGAACUCUGCAAAGACAGACAUCUCUGGUGUUCAGCCAAUCAUGGCAGAAAGCUGAACUCUUCAUCUGAUGGCCAGGCAGACAUCUGUGUGGCAGUCACAGAGUCCUGGGCAAAACUGAGUUGGAGAGGACUGCUGAAAAUCAUCUAGUCCAACCUCUUGUCCAAAGCAAGCCAGCUUCAGCAUUUGAUUGGGUUUUUCAGGGCCUGGUCCAGGCAGGAUUUCACAGCUCUCCAGGGAUGGACUGCCUACAUAUGGACUCCAACAUGAGUCGUACACCUGUCAACAUGCCAAGGACUCAACCAUUACUGCCUGCUCAGUGACCACCACCAGCCACCCAACGAACAGAAAUGGUUCUUUUUUUGCACUUUAUUCCAUGUUUCUCUUUUGAAGCAUUUCUGUUAUGCACACAGGUGAUACUAGACUGGAAAUGUUGACAGUCAAAACAGUGUGGUGGAGCUUGUGCUAAGUGGUGACACCAGUUUGAGUCUGAUACUGGUUCCAGCAAGUGAAGCUGGUUGACUUCAGGACAGCUGCCCUGGUUGGGUGACAACAGCCCACUGGGUGCUUUUGGAGAAGGCUGUCAGGGACUAAUGGACUUCUGGGACCAGUCUGCCUCCCUCCCCUUCCUUUGGCAGGCCAGGGCUGGGAACUAGGCUGUGACCAGUUUCUCUACCAUUGGGAGCUCAGGUUGACUGUAAGCCAGCAGACUGGGAGGGUGGACAGCAAACUCAUGUAAGGGCUGGAAGGUCCACACAAAUAUGGCUCUUUAGCUAUUCCAGGAGCAACUUCAUGGUUAAGAAUAAAACUAUAUCUGAGCACUCAGGUGGUGAAGUCUGAGCUGUCUUGCCAGGGUGUGUGUGGAGACAAAGCUGCUGGCCAGCAGGUGCCUGUUCUGCUGAUACCUAUUAGGGCUCUGUGACAGUUUCCAGGCUUUCUCUCAAGACUGUCCCUGAUCACCACAUUUCUUAAGAAAACUGUAUGUUGCCAUGGUUUAACACUUUUAAUUGACAUCUCUUUAGAGGAAAGUAUAAAUUAUUUUCAGUGCCAGCAAUUAAUUUUUCACCAGUCUUCAAGAGCUAUGUCCUCUGUGGCUUCUAUGUCAGACUGGCAGCCCUUCACUGGCAUGUCAGCCUGUCUGCUUGUCAUAGAGUCAACCCAGGGACAGCAGCAGUAGCUGUCUGUAUCCUGGAGCCAGCCCUUCAGACAGCAUCAGUAGCUGUCUGUCUAUCCUGGAGCCAACUCUUCAGGCAGCAGCAGUACCUGUCUGUCUCUCCUGGAGCCAACCCUCCAGGCAGCUGCUGUUUAGGACACCCUGCUCUGUAGCUCUGAGUGCUUGGAACAGAUCUGCAGGUCUUCAGCUCAAAUGGUAGGAGACAUGAGAUGUUGGUGCUUGAUGAGAGAGUUUAUCUGUGAGCCCUUACACCCAGCCCUGCUCAACAGAACAGCAUCCACUGACGUGCCACAGCCAUUACCUCAAAUCCUGCUACUGGCGUUCCGCUGCUCCCAGGGGUGACUGGCAGCUUCCAGUGGCAUUUCCCCCGUGGCUCCCAGGCACAUGUAACAGGAUAGCUGAGAUUCCUCAGCACGUGGGCAAGCAGAGCCUGGACAGCCGGGGCUGGCAGCUGCUGCUCUGGGGGACUCAGGGCAGGAGCCAGCCCUGGCAUUGCAGAGAUGGAUUGGGGUCAGCAGUGGGAAAUAUCAAGUAGGAGCAUGUGACCAGCUUCAAAUUUGUGGCUGUGAAAAUGUUUCUCUACCUCAAAGAAUAAUAAUUUUCUUUUUCUGUGGCCAUCAAGUGCUGGAUUGGCCUUUGUGAUUGCAAAGGAUUUAGUCUCAAAAGGCAGCAAGAGGAAAAUCAGUUCCAUGCUUCCCACGCUAAAUAACACUCAUGGUGCUUCUGCAGCCUGGCAUUUCCACCAGAGACUGGCAGUCUGCUACUCAGCUGCAGGCCUGAGUCAAAGGCUGCUUAAAUCUGGAAAUCAAGAAGCUGUGAUGGACAGAAAGACCUGGGAAUGUAUUUGCAUCUACAUAUGAACCUGUGUAGCUGAGGGAAAAGGAAGAGUAGUGCAAAUCUUGUUCCUCCAUAAAAUACUUGUGGCAAGGGGAGAGGUCAGAAGCACACCAGGCAGGAAGCAGAGACCUCACCUAGCUUGAGACACUUCCAAACACGUUGGCAUUUCCAAUGCUGGUGCUUCAAGUGAAGAUUCCCCUCACAAUGAUAACCACUCAUCGUGUCUGCAGGAACUGCUCUGCAGAAGGAAUUACUCUGCAGGAAUUACUCUGCACUUAGGGGAGGAAAUUGAUUAGAAAGCUCUCUUCAGAAGACAAGCACUCAAGCCUCAGUUAUCUUCUCCAAGUCACUUACAAGAAAUGUGUUUAACAGACUUUCUUCUGUGGGCUUUUGUUUUGUUCAUGCUAAUUAAGAAGCCCAGGUGGAGAGCUGAAUGGAGCUGGCAGAGCGGGAGGCAGGCAUCUGAGUAAACAACAGCAUGAACCUGAAAUUGCUAAGUUGGGUUUGUUACUGUCUGGAAAUGUUGGAAUUCACACUCUGCAAAUGGCAUUUCCACAA